CUCGGUCGCGGUAAGCGCUCCUCCACUGUACAUCCGCAGGUACAUUCCAUACAGGCUGUCCCCAAGGGCUCAUCUUUAAUCAUUAAUCUCCACGCAAUAAAUAUAUCAAUCCUUUGUCCUAAACCUCACGCGACUCCAGCUCGCUCCGGCCUCGUCUACACCUUCGUCUGCAUCUUCGUCUGCACCCUCGCCUGCACCUUCGCCUGCAACUGCAAUUGCUCUGCAGCGGUCAUGCACCGUCCUGCGUAAAGAUAUAUCUCCCUCCACUCGGAAUGAGGUCAGUGCUGCUCUCGCUCACCAUCUCUUAUUUUCUUUCUAUAAGCUGGCUACCAUUUCCUAUGACUAAUGUCCACCAGAUCGAGCUCCCGUUAGCUUUCUCAGUCAUUUCAAAAACUUGUCACAUAAUAUGCAAUCCCUUGGAGGUACAAAGGAACAGAGAAUCUACCUUGUUCUUCCAAACUGAUCGAGUAGACUACUUUACCUUCACUCCAUCUCCCGCGUGGAGUAUUCACUUUACCGCGCUAAACAACAACAAUGCAACCCAAACAAAAAUAAAUAAACACAACCAGCCCUAAGCUACUAACAAGUCCUAAUGUUGGUUUGACGUGGCAUGGCAUGGCAGACAAUACAAAG